AUGUCUGAACUAACACCCGAUGCAUCUCGACUCUAUCGUGUACGUAAGACAACUGUUAAAAUGUUGCAUAAUCGUGGUUAUAUAGUCAGUGAGAAUGAAUUAGUCAUGACACCCGAAGCUUUUCAAGGCCAGUUUGGUGAAAAUCCCACUCGUGAAAUGAUGACUAUCCUGGUGGAAAAAAUCGAUGAUCCAAGUGAUAAUUUAUUUGUGUUUUUUCCCGAAGAUACAAAAGUGGGUGUAAAACCCAUUCGAAAUUAUUGUAAUCGCAUGAAAGAUGAAAAUGUGACCAAGGCAAUUUUAAUUGUUCAAGAAGGAAUUACACCAUUUGCACGCCAAGCACUGAAUGAAAUGGCACCACGAUAUAAAAUUGAACAUUUUAAAGAAACGGAAUUACUUGUGGAUAUUACAGAACAUACACUUGUACCAGUCCAUCGUGUGCUUGGACGAGAUGAAAAAGCAGCAUUAUUGAAACGUUAUCGUAUCCGUGAUUCCCAAUUACCACGCAUGCAAGUGACGGAUCCAAUUGCGCGAUAUUAUGGAAUGACACGUGGACAAGUUGUCAAGAUUAUUCGACCAUCGGAGACCGCAGGACGUUAUGUUACAUAUCGUGCUGUCAUUUAA